CUCGGUAAACUUGAUUUCUCAAGAUACUCGUAUAAGAACGAACGAACGAUCCUUUAACCAGCAUCAAGAAGGAACUUGUUUUCGUUAAGUAAUUCACAAAAUGUCACUAUCAGAUGAGCAAGUACAAGCUGAAAUGCGCAAGAUGAUUAGCUUCAUCAAGCAAGAAGCGCUUGAAAAGGCUAAGGAAAUCCACACACUCAGUGAAGAAGAUUUCCAAGUUGAAAAGGCAAAGAUUGUCCGUGAAGAGUGUGAAGCAAUUGAUAGAAGUUAUGAAGGAAAACUCAAGCGAGUCUCGAUGGCUCAAAAGAUUGCCAAAUCCAACGUUAUGAACAAGAGCCGUUUGGAUUUGUUAAACAAUAGACAAGAAGUGAUUGAUGGGAUUUUCUCAAAGGUGGAAAAGAAAUUAGAAUCAAUUGAGCAAAAAAAGGAUGCUUAUGUCAAGUUUUUGACUGAUUUAAUCGUUCAAUCUAUAGAGCUUUUGAGUGAGCAAGUCGGUAUUAUCUAUGCUCGUCAGCGUGAUGUUGAUUUGGUGUCCCUAGCCAUGACUAAGGCUAUGGAAACUUUGAAAGAACAAGAAAAAUUCAAAAAUAUCGAAAUUGAUAUUGAUCACGAUGAGUAUUUAGAUGAUUCCUGUCUUGGCGGCGUAAUCGUCGUCGGGUUAGAAGGAAAGAUUAAAAUUGACAACACGAUAAAGGCACGUCUCGAAUUAAUCAAGAAGGAAGCACUUCCUCAAAUCCGCCAUUUAUUGUUUGGUGACAAUCCCAACCGUAAGUUCUUUAAUUAGCUUAUUUUUUUGUCGAUCAUUUUCCUUCUCCACGGUUAUCUAAUUUAUUUUUUUCUCGAAAUCUUGAAACAUUUACUUUCUGCGAAAUCGGCUUUCGUAAUCAGUUUGGAAGUUCUUGCUUUUUUUUUCUAGUCAUCACCUUUGUCAUUAAUAUCAACCGGCAAGGUUGCUUUCAUCACUAAUAAAAGAGUUCCUUUUAUGCUUAAUCGUUUACGGUUUGGUUUGACAAUAAUGUUUUCAGUAUUUCAAAUUGAACUAUCAAUAUGAAAUCUUUCAUGAUAGGAAACGUCCGCAAAAUGAAGUUGAUUAUCUAUCUAGAAGUAUUUGUUUAAUACGACUUCUUUCAUGAUACGUAUGUUACGUGAUACUAAUAAAAUCGAUUUGGAAAUAUUAAUUCUGAUUUUUAUUCCUUCUCCGUUUCUUUCUACCUCCUUUUUUACUUGCUAAAGAACUUUUGGAUGUGUUCCUUGCAGAAUUUCUUUUGGGUUGUUCGUUUUGUUUUCCCAUUGGACCCAGGUCUUUUUCGAUUGUCCGCUCUAAUUCUGAAUAAACAUCCGAAUGUUCAUAAUAAAUUACCAUAUAUAGACGAUGAAUGUAAUCUUUUACCUCACAUCUUGAUAACAAUAAAUGCUCAGUUGUACCUGGGAUUGCUAAGUUCAGUUUCCGCAGUUUCUCUAAUACUAAAUCCAGAUUUUCACUCUUUUUUAAACGGAGCUCACUUACUGUAUAGCUAAAGGUGAUCAUUAAGAAUAAUAAAUCAGUAUAGUUUUCAUUUUUGCAUCGAUCCAGCAAUCUAUCAAGCUGUCCACAGAUAGAAGGAAAUAUACGUGAGCGUUCAGGAAGGCUUCCUAAAAACCAGUGAAUAGCUAAGUUCGUUCGAAAACGGAUAUUAGUAGGGGAAUUAGAAGGCAAUGAUGAGAGAAUACUUAUCCACACAGAAGGUUGAUCCGAAAGUCGAACCAAAUCAUAGAAAAAGUGUGGUUUUUCCGAUGUCACGAUAGAUUCCAUGAAUUUAAUGAAAGACGUUCGACAGGCAUGUCCAACCUUGAUAUCUAAUAAACAGCGACAGACAUCUCGUAUCAUUAAGGAUUGAAGUUCUUGUGGACAAAUAGGAUACAAGACUCGACAAAGCUCAACGAAAAAAUCAACCUCGGAUGACUCAUUAAGGACUACAGAACAGACCUCUUCCGAACUUGUAAGUUCAGAGCGAACAGGUUGGUUACGUUUUUGAAUAUUAAACCCUAUUUUCCGACAUAUGUGUGUAUAGAAGAAGUUUACACUCAAACAAAAUUCAUCCUUGCAUUGAGGACCUGAAUUAAUAUAUGCUCUUAAGUUCUGAAGCCAUGUAAACCUUGAAGGAUAAUUGAAUGAAUUUAGGAAGCGUUUAAUUAAAACACUUGACACGAUCGAAGGAGGUAUUAAAUUGGAGCAUGCUGCAAUCUCAAAAAUAUAAUCUGGACAAUUCAGUAGCUUUUGAGUGCAUUCAUCCUCUAUGGAAAGCUUUGAUGAAAUGGGGUUUACUUCCGGUUCAGCUAUAGACGGAUUAUAGAAGUGAUAUUCUAAAGUUUCUGAUUUGGUAGAGUUUGUUCGUAACAGAUUCAAGACGUCUGAUCCAACGUUCUCAUUCAGCAGAGUAUUUAUGCCGCCGUCUUCCUCGUUUUCCAGCUGUUCUUUGUCAUAGUAAAGAAGUUUUUCGACCGCGAACUUUCGUCGCUUUCGGUUCAUAUCGUCUUGUGUAGCAGUACUGGAAAGGCGAUCAAUACUCCAUUUAUAAGUAGAAAAAUCUGUAGUAUCGUUUUUUAAGUACAAAUGCCUAGGGCGAUUUUCCGUCUCUCCUUUCGGCAAUGUAAUUUCUGGUAAUGCAUCGAAUUCGUCCGAAUCACUGUCUAGAAUGCUAGUAUCUAGGUUUUCCAAAUCAUGAUUUUUUCCUGAGCAACUUUUCAAAUCGGUAUUUUCCAUUGACAGAGGAAUAAGAAUCCACCAUGGAAUAUGGAUGAAACGCGAACUACUUAGAGAAGAUUGACCUCAGUUUCAGAGCGAUGUGAAUGAUAUUGAACACUUUUUUUUUUUACAAAAAGGAAAAAACAAUGUGAUUUUAAUAUUUACUUACAUUCCUAAGUGAUUUACGAUACAUCACUCAUGGGUGAAAAUCAUGAAAGGAAACUACUGCAUUGAAAAGAAACAUUGUUAUUGUUUAAUAGUACUCAUGUAAUGUUGCUUCAUAUUGAUUCAAUACGCGUGAAUUAUUAUUGAAGAUACUAAACUCGUCCAGCUCGCUUGCAAAUUAGCUCUGCUUUAUUGAGAAGUUAUUAUGGACUCCUAUGAAAUUUCAUAUAUUGACAACAUGUGUUAUUUUCUUUUUAUGAAUAUCCUUUAACAAGGACGAGGUAUUAAGCAAAGCUUCUUCUGUUGCAAGCAAGAAUGCCUAUGUUAAAGCAAGUAAACCUUUCUUAAAUCCAGAGUUCAUUAAUUAUUGAUUUAUUAACUCACUGAUUGACUUAUUUCGGUUUUACAAAAUUUCUCUUCUGUUUGAGCAUUUAACGGGCUCUGAGAGUAAAUCAAACGUUUAAAGGAAUUGUCUUUACUUAGGCCAAACAAUGUAUCAAGUACUUCUAAAAGAUCUAUCUCAGGCCAGUUAACGGUUUCACUGCCAAAGAUACAGAAAAUUUGAGAUUUGGAUCAGGAUAUUUCUAAUCCUUUCGUAUAAGUGAAGCUUUUUCUGUAUACGAUAUGACAUUGAUAUACGGAUUUGGUUUAGCUUAAGGUGAGCUUGACUAGCAUACGAUGCAGCAUAAAACCCUUUCCUUCUCAAUUCGAAAGCUAAUCCGAUUAAAAAAAUUCUUCAAUUCCUGUAAAGCAAUUACAGUUACCUUGGGACUAUCCCAUUCCCAUAACCAUUUUCAGUUCCCCUGCAGAGGUAAACACUAGAAAAAGCAAGACAGAAAACUCAUUUUUACUGCUUUUGAAUCAUUAACUUUAUUCACAUACACUUUCGAAAUUUGGUAUAGCAUCCGUCAUAGACUAAUUAAUUUGCUUUUACAAAUUAUUCCUCCACCUCCGUUUUUCCUUGACCAUUUCA